GUAAGUGUUUAACUGCCCCUAGAUAAUUCCCAGAUGGAAGUCACAUAAUAGUUAUUUUCAUCAUUCUCUUUAACAUAUGAACCAAAUGCUCCCCGGGGGACAUGUGGUCAAUUUAUACAUAUUAGUCCCCCCUUCUUAUGAUGUCAGAGCCCCAUAGUUCUCUCUUCAUGCAAGGAUUGAAAACAGGCAGUCUACUUUCCUGGGAACAGAGAAGAAAAUACAUUUCUGGGUUUUUACAGUUGAGUUGAGGCUUGGGCUGUAGUUGCUGGGUGGAAGACACAGACUAAAUCAAGAUAGAGGAAGUCUUUGGAGGACGAAGGGUACUUUUCACAAAGAUACUGAAGAUUAACAUCAUUUGGCAAUCAAGUUCUAUCACAAUCUUUAAUUGCUUGAGAAAAGGUAAAAUCUGUUGGGGUCACUUUUUCUAUUCUCUAGCCUCAAUGCUUUACUAGGUAAAAAUAGAAGAAAGAUUUCUAGUGUGGGGAUUCACUUGGAUAGUGGGUAGGAACAGCAGGAAUUGUGGCUUUCGAAUCCUAAAGUAUCUGUGUUAUGUGAUACCCCACCUCUGCUCAAAUCUGUGCUGAAUGAGAGAAUAAGCUGUUUGAAAGUAAUCUACCAAAUGCAUAUAAUCUCUGACUCACUAAAAAAAAAAAAAGCACCACAAAUUAUUCAUGCCUGCAUUUUCUGCUCAUGCCUCCAAUUCUUCAACCUUUUUUCUCACCGGCUUCCCUGGCCUGGAACAGGAAUAUCCCUGGAUCUCCAUUCCCUUUACCUGCAUCUAUAUUAUGGUGCUCUCGGGGAACUGCCUAGUGCUCCAUGUGAUCCGGACUGAGCCAAGCCUACAUGAGCCCAUGUUCUACUUCCUGGCCAUGCUGGCACUGACUGACCUGUGUAUGGGACUGUCCACAGUACACACGGUGCUGGGGAUCCUGUGGGGGCUCAGUCAAGGAGUCAGCCUCGAUGCCUGUAUAGCACAGACUUACUUUAUCCACGGUCUGUCCCUCACAGAGUCAGGAGUUCUUCUCGCCAUGGCUUUUGAUCGUUUUACAGCAAUUUGUAAUCCUUUGAGGUAUACAUCUAUUCUAACUAAUGCCAAGAUCAUAAAAACUGGGCUGGGGAUUUUAGGAAGGAGUUUUAUGUUCAUCAUUGCCCCCAUAGUCCGCCUGAAGUUUUUUCAUUACUGCCAUUCUCAUGUCCUCUCUCACUCUUUCUGCCUGCAUCAAGACCUACUGAGGCUGGCCUGUUCUGAUACCAGCUUCAACAGUUUCUAUGCCUUAGCUCUGGUGAUUUGUACUCUUUUGUUUGACUCCAUGUUAAUUCUCACUUCCUAUAUCCUGAUCCUGCAUACUGUCGUGUCUAUUGCAUCCUGGGAGGAGCGUCUGAAAUCCUUGCAGACCUGUGUCUCCCACAUCUGUGCAGUCCUGGUUUUCUACAUCCCAAUCAUUGGACUGACCAUGGUACACCGCUUUGGGAAGCACCUCUCUCCUGUAGUCAAUGUUCUCAUGGGCAACAUCUAUAUCAUCUUCCCACCUCUGAUGAACCCCGUCAUCUACAGUGUGAAGACCCAACAGAUCCGUAGCAGGAUUCAGAGGUGGUUCUCCAUGAAGAGAGAGUAA